AUGUGUAAAGAAGUAGGAACUAACUAUGAUAAGCAGCACAAUCAUCAUUUAUUGCAUGUUUUAAUCAAGGUGGAGGAUGGCUUAACAAGUGCAAGUUCAACAAACUUGAACAAACAAGGCCCUUUGCCCUCUAUAAAAUUGGUCAAAAAGCAGUUUGGUGGCAGAUAUGCCAUAUCAUCUGAGGAGUUCACUAGUGAAGUGGUUGGAGCUAAAUCACGUAAUAUUGGAUAUCUAAAAGGAAAAGUGCUUUCAUGGGUUGGGAUUCCUACCUCGGUUGACCUACCAUUUGGAGUUUUCGAGAAAGUUCUUUCAGACGGUUUAAAUCAGUUGGUAGAAAGUUGUAGAGAAGUUACAACUACUAAAGAAAAACUUAGGAGAAGGAGACUUCAGUGCCCUAAAGGAGUUGCGCAAGACAGUUUUAAAGGUUUCUGCACCAUCCUAGUUGGUAUGUUCUUUCUAGAAAUGUUGUUAAGGACCCUUUUUUUUUUUUGACAUAUAAUUCUCAGAAAUUUGCAACAUUAGAGAUGCCUGUGUUUCUUUGUUGAAUUGGCAAAGAAGCAUGUUGCUGUUAGUUCGAAGUGGCCUACUGCUGCUGUGUGUGCUGCUGCGAAUUUUGGGGCCCCAAAAUCAGCAUGAAAAAAAGCUCUGUAGCACCCAAAAUAGCACCAAAAUAAGCUCUGCAGCAACAACAAUCAGCAGCAAUAGCAACACUUAGCAGCUCUCCAGCAGCUUUGCUACACACAGCAGCAACUAACAGUAACAGCAACUCCAUUCUACAGCAGCAUCAAGGUUAACUCCCUACUACACAUAGAAUACACACUGUGUUGGCAUUAGGAUUCAACACUCCUAUCCUAACCCAAAAAAAAAAAAAACACUUAAAAAAUAGCCCAAACAUCCUUUAAUACAAAACCCCUACUAUACAAUGAGCAGAGAAUGCAGUCAUAGAGGGAAGUGAGUGGGAAUCAUAAAACAAGACUUUUGUGUACACAUCUCCACACAGUUAGCAGGGUGAAAAAGCCUAAACACAUAUACAAAGGGCUUUCCACCCUGCACAUCCUUCACUCUAAUCCUAAUAAAACUUAAAAUCAUUUUAAGAGCCUAUAAAUC